CCGCCCAGAACCGAAGCUCCGUGCAGCGGGGGGAGCCGCUGGGUGCGCGGCUCGGACCACACGCAGGUGCUCGGGGAAGUGCCUCCCGCCAAGGACCGAGGCAGGGAGGCCCGAAGGAGCUGCCCCGCAAGGCUCCCAGGCGCCGUCCCAACUAGAUGCAAAUUCGGGCUGAGAUUAUGCCCCUGGGCCACACCCCACGCGGGCCACCUGCUGUCCCGGUGAGCGGGGGGCACAGCUGGGGUUCUGCAGGCCGCCAGAACCAAACAGACAUGGACAGAAGCGUAUUUUCCGUCUGGCUCUGGAGGGUUGAAAUCCGCCAGUGGCUCCUUCUCAAAAAUUAAGUGCUCUCCCUGAGGAGGCCCCCUCUGUGGCCCCUGCCCUCAUGGUGAGGACAGACUAGAAGCCACAAGUUUCCAGACAGACACUGCAGAAGAAAGGGGAAUUUGGACGUUCCUCUCCUAACCUCUUGCUCUGAAAACCGCUAGUCAUCAUGAUUUCGAAAGGGAAUUUCACCCUAUUCCCUCCAUGCGUCACUCUGUGUCACCCAGAAAGCUGGGAGUGGCCAUCUUUACACAGUAUUCGUCCUCUUUCUGUCCACACCCUCGACAUUAGCAUCUUCCUAAAUAGUGGUUUGCAGCAGGUCAUGUUUCCCCUUCUGUUUGGGGAUAGAGAAGAUCCAGAAUCUCCUCUCUCCAAAGAGUUGCAUUGAGGAGAGAGAAAAUAGUUAAGGACGUGGAGGCACCACAGGCAGCCCUAGGCACCCUGGCCCAUGGGACAGGGGACAGCUGCCACUCGCCCACAGCUGAGGAGGAGGUGGGCAUCCCAAUACCAGCCCCGGGGCUCCUGCAGGUCACAGAAAGGAGGCAGCCCCUGAGCAGCGUCUCCUCCCUAGAGGUGCACUUUGACCUCCUCGACCUCACCGAGUUGACUGACAUGUCUGACCAGGAGCUGGCCGAGGUCUUUGCUGACUCAGACGACGAAAGCCUGGCUGGGGAGUCGCCAGCAGGCCUGCACCCGCUGCCCAGGGCCGGCUGUCUGCGCUCCCCCUCCUGGACACGAACCAGGGCCGAGCAGAACCGAGAGAAGCAGCCACUUGGUGACCCGGAGCGCCGGCCAGCGAUUGCGGACACAUUUCUUACCGUGGAGAGGCCCAAGGAGGACUAGGCCAGCUGGCCCUGGGGCCAAGGUAGUGCCCAUCUGGACAGUUCUGACCCCUCGGACACUCUGCACACCCCAUGUGGCUCUGGGCCAGGUUCUUGGGGUGCUCCAGCACAAGCACAGCCCAGUGGCCUUAUGUCCCGUUCCCUUCCAGUCCCUGGAUCAGGGACUAGGGACUUGAGGAGGUGGGAGUGGCCUAGGCCUCUUGGAAACUUCUAUCCACAGGACUGGUGCUCUCAUCUGCCAGAAGAUUCCCGAGUGGGUGCGGGGUGAGGGGGACCUACGCCAGAGAGAGCUUCUCUGCAAAACCCCCAGGGUCUCAGGAUUCUGGUCCAGGAAUGGGCACACCAUGCUCUGGCCCGUGGGAUACUCUGCUAUCCAGCCAAGAAUGUGGGUAGGGGAGUCCGUCCUGAACACCACCACAGUUCCUUUCACUCCCAACCUCUUCUUGCCGCCCACGGCGCAUCGUUGGCUGUUGGCACCAGGGCCUCCUCCCCAGACCUUAAGACCCUGCUCGUCUUAGUUCCUGUGUGACAGCCGGGCCCAUAUCCUCGGCUCCGAACACCGAAUGUGGUACAACCACCUCAGACUGUGGGUGGGGGAGUAGGCACGUGGGGUCUGUCCUUGGCAGGGACACAUCCCCACAGCCUAUCAAAAACGCACACAGAGGCAUGCACAGCCCUAGAUCUGUGCCCCUGGCUAGCAUCCUGACCUCAGGUAGCACAGCCCAAGGUGGGGCUUGGAACAUCGGGACCCCCAGCAUGGCCCCCAACUUAGAGGGCACCAGGCUCAGCUGCUCCAACUGCCGCUUUCUAUGACCUAAGGGACUGGAGAGGCUCUGGUCUGACAGCAAGUCCAAGAAGUUUUCAAAUAAAUGUGUGAGUUUGCUUUUGGUGCCCAGGCCAACCUGCCCUGACCCAUUCCCCACUCACAUAUUUCUAGGGAAGGGAAACCUGUUCUGCUGUGGCCCUGGGCGUGCCCCAGGCCCGCUUGGCACAGUAAAGGCAAGUUCCCUGCUGAGAAAACAGGCCUCAGAAAUGCCGAGGGACUUUGCCUGCACCCUCUACACCAUAAGCACCAACUCAAGGGACUUUUACCGGGCAUCACCCAUAAGACCACUUAAAAUCAAAUCCUGUUAAGGGCAGCUGCAUGCCCCCCGCUCCAGGACAAUGCUCCCCAGCCCCCAGGCUUCCUGCUACGGCUUCCUUCCACAGAGCUUAUUUACAAGAUAUCUGAUUAAAAUCUUACCUCUUCCUAAGGC